AAUAAACACUACCAUUAAAGAGAAAGCAUUCGCCGGAUUUUAUAACAGAUGGAAACAGAAACGGAGAAAGAAAUCGGAGAAAUCCAAGAGUCAACCCGCGACCCAACCGACGGGUCCGUAGAUGAUCCGACUCCGAUCCAAACCGCGACGGCCGCGACGGUGAAGGUGCCGGAAGUGGAAAUCCACCUCUAUCGCUGCGGCAAGGGUCCUAUCGCCGUCUUCAAGUCGAACUUGGGAGGAUGGGAGCAGGAUCAGCUCGAGGUCCGCGACAUCCUCGAGAAGUACGGGUUCAAGUCGAUAUACGCUUUCAAUCCCGGAUCGGGUCGCGGAGUUCCUAUCAGGUUCCAUCCCAGGAACGGAAGGUCGAUGCUUGAAUACAAGGAUGGAGCGGUGGUUUACAUCGAUGGAGAACCUACGGAUUCCCUGAUCAAACCUGUGACCAGGAUAUUGAUUGGUGUAGCUGUUAUAACCGUUUUUAUAACAUUGGUACUUAGGGACACACCUGAAUGGCUCAAGAAAUUAAAUAUCUUUGGAGGAGACUUCCCUCCAUGGGUCCUUGCUUGCAUGGUUAUUGUUUUUACACGCAUGAGGAAGCGAACUAAGGACUUCUUGAAUAAACUUGGCUGGUGAAGGGAUGCUGUGGCCCGUGGAUGCAUUUUUGUAUUGCUGGUUGUAUCCAGUUGAUUGUAAAUACAUGGUGCAGGAGCGGCUUAAAUCUACAAGGAGAGAAGUAAGCAGGAGAUUCUCAAACACUUGUUGCAGCAGUGCCCCUUUUUUCAUUUUAAAGCAAUAUCCAUACCCCAGCUCAUACGUCUGUCAAAAUGGCAGUGCUGAAGAAUUAUCCAAUGUUAGCAAAUAACAAUUACAUAUAUUCUGAUCUGAGAUCAUUUCUAAGACUGACUCUUUGCUAAAUGAAGCAUUAGAUAUUAACUUCUUUGGUCACGUUAUAUAUAUAUAACUGUAUUCAAGACUUUGAGUGUA